UCAGACCUCUCUUCUGCCAGUAGAAUCUGAGGAACAUCUACUUAGCAGACUCAUAUCCACUAGCAGUCAUGAAAACAGCAGGCUUUCUGCUCCUCAGUCUGACACUGUUCUUCUUUUAUUCAGGUAUUGCUAUCGAAGCACGUUUGAUUGAUUGUAUGGGCUAUCCCAGAAAUGCUUGCACACAUGACUACCGUCCCCAUUGUGGUACUGAUGGAAUAACUUACAGCAACAAAUGUGCAUUCUGCAAUGCCUAUGUCCGGCAUCGUGGAAGGCUUAGCCUGAGGCACAAGGGAGUUUGCUAAAGCAUUGCAGAUGCAGAAGACUAAAAAGAACCU